CUCGACUCUGGUUCGAACGUCGCCAGUCUUGGACCGACUCAGCUCCGCCAUGCUGGGCGUACCGUCCUGAUCAAUUUGCGAAUGUGAGAUCUGUGAAGGGGUUCAGAUUGGCGAGCAAGGAAAUAAAUUAUGAGGUGUCCUUGUCCUCAGCAUUUUCGAUCCCAGCGCGUCAUUUGCAGUUGGAGACGCGACCGUCCUCAAACCGAUGACGACGUGUAAAUUUAGUCAAUGCACCCAAAUAUUGCCUCUGAAGACUGAAGCCGUCGGCAACAUGACUGUCAAGUGAUAUCACGCAUGUCGCACUGGCGACACUGCCGGUGCUCAACAUGGACAGCCCUUCGAAGCGGCGGAAGAAGAAUGACUCCAAACCUGUGUCGGUUUCGCACCGCAGUCUCGAUUUCUUCUUUCGCAAACCAAGUCAACAAUCUGAGUCAAACGGCCAGCCCACGCGAAAUGAAGUUGUAACUAAGGCCCAACUUCCAGCUCCCGGUCAUGAUGAGUCCAAUUCAGGACAGCCGCUUACAGACGAAGAGUUGGCCAGAAAACUGCAGGAAGAAUGGGCCAAAGAGGAUGCGGAGCGAACAGGGAUCCAGAACGGGCACACUUCGCCCACGCUGGUUGAAGAUAGGGAGCACGACACAGAAAACGACAAGGACGAAUUCGUUGCAUCCGUGCUUGAGGAGGAUGGUGCCGCAGGUCAACUCCCCGAAGGCAACAAGAAAGGACUGCUAGGAUUGCAAUCCACGGCCUCCGAGGAAGACAAGAUCACUUUGACUGUACCUUUCGACCAGAGUCCGUUGACAUUCGAACCUGCGAAAUACGUCACGGAGCUCAAGAGGAACUGGGGUGCAGAUUGGGGCGAUGCUUCUUAUGCCCUGCUGGUCAGAUGUUUCGUUUUGGUCAACUCAACACAGAGUCGGAUCAAGAUAGUAGACACCCUCGUCAACUGCCUCAGAGUCCUUAUUGAAGCAGAUCCCGAGAGCCUUCUACCUGCAGUAUGGCUCGCUACGAAUUCGAUAUCGCCACCAUACAUUUCUCUGGAAUUAGGCUUAGGCGGUUCUGCCAUCUCCAAAGCACUGAAGAAGGUAUGCGGACUCGACGGUGCUGGGCUCAAAAAUCUCUAUGACAAGCAUGGCGACGCGGGUGAUGUUGCUUUCGAAGCCAAGAAGAAACAGAGCUUCACGUUGAGGAAACCAAAGCCGCUCACCAUCAAGAGUGCCUAUCAGACAUUGGUCAAGAUUGCAAAUAGUAAGGGCCACGGAAGCGUGGAACAAAAGCAGAGAUUGGUUGAUCGUCUUCUGCAGGACGCUCGAGGACCAGAAGAAAGCCGCUACAUUGUGAGGACACUCGUCCAGCAUCUCAGGAUUGGCGCGGUCAAGACAACAAUGCUCAUUGCUCUCGCGCGGGCCUUCCAACUAUCACGUCCAGAAGGGGCAGACUUCCCGAUCAGAAACCCUGCAGAGCUCGCUAAGCUCAAGAAAGAAGACCUGGCCGUUGUGUGGUCAAAGGCAGAAGAAGUCGUCAAAACCUGCUUCGCACGGCGACCUAAUUACAACGACCUCGUACCUGGGCUUCUCGAAGUUGGCGUGUCCGAUGACUUAUUGCUACGUUGUGGCCUAACAUUACACGUCCCUUUGCGACCUAUGCUGGGCAGCAUCACGAGAGACUUAAGCGAGAUGCUCACUAAGCUCCAAGGACGAGACUUCAGCUGCGAGUACAAGUACGACGGGCAACGAGCACAAGUCCAUUGUGACGACAAGGGUAAAGUCUCCAUCUUCUCCCGCCAUCUCGAGGUCAUGACAGAGAAGUAUCCCGACCUGGUCGCUCUGGUCCCUGAGAUACGGGGCGACGGAGUCUCAAGCUUCAUCCUUGAAGGAGAGGUUGUUGCUGUCGACCGAAACUCAGGAGAGCUCCGCACCUUUCAGACACUCACCAACCGAGCAAAGAAAGAUGUCGACAUAAGCACCAUCCAGGUCGACGUCUGCCUCUUCGCAUUCGACCUGAUGUAUCUUAACGGCGAGCAAUUACUUGACCGACCCUUCCGAGAACGUCGAGGGCUCCUUCGCAGCAUGUUCAUCGAGAAGGAACACCACUUCACUUGGGUGAAAAGCAUCGACGCCACAUCUGCUGACUCGGAGACGGUCCUCGAGUUCUUUAAAUCCGCCACCGACAUCAAAUGUGAAGGCAUAAUGGUCAAAGUGCUUGACAAUCUACCUAACGCCGAUCUCAUCAAUCCCGAUGAAGACCUCAACGACGACUCACCUGCUCCACCAGUUCCCGCUCCCGUAACACUCAGCAAAAAGGGCAAGAAGGGCGCCAGCAAAACCAAAGCGUCCGACCAAAAAGAGGACAAAGAAAAAGGCACCCGCCGCAAAGCCCUCCUCGCAACCUACGAACCCGAUAAACGUCUCGACUCCUGGCUCAAAGUGAAAAAAGACUAUGCCACCUCCGCCGACACAAUCGACCUCAUCCCCGUGGCCGGGUGGCACGGCCAAGGCCGCAAAGCAAAAUGGUGGUCUCCCAUCCUUUUGGCGUGCCGCAACCCCGAAAACGGAUCGCUGGAAGUCGUCACAAAAUGCAUUUCUGGAUUCACCGACAAAUUCUACCAGGCCAAUAAAGAAAAAUAUGCCGAGGGCGGCGACAACACACUGGGAAGUAUGCCUAGCUAUAUCGAGUCUCCAUAUCAGGCUCCCGACGCGUGGUUCGAGCCUCAGGAGGUUUGGGAGAUGGCGUUUGCCGAUAUCACGCUUAGUCCGACGUACACUGCUGCGAUUGGACUUGUGAGUGAUGAGAGGGGGUUGAGUAUGCGGUUCCCGCGGUUCCUGAAGGUCAGAGAAGACAAGAGUAUCGAGGAGGCGAGUACGAGUGAGUUUUUGGCUGGGUUGUAUAGGAAGCAGGAGGCUAGGAUUAAAAUGCAGGGUGGGGGACAGGUAGUUGGAGAGGAGGAGGACGAGGGCGAAGAGGAGUGAGCCCGACUGACUUGUGUGAGCAGCUUGCGGAUCGAAUGCUCUUAUGCAGUUAAUCUGAAUUGACUUGGUGUCAAAAUUGGAACUACAGUACUGUCUACCUAAUCUGAGUUAUCCGCCUGUAGUCCUCCGAUCGCCAUCGCUUGACCAUCCUGGGUA